AUGAGCGAAUUGCAAGAAUAUGACCAAAACAUAAAUGAUAUGUUGGAUAACUUUGAAAAAGAAGUUAAAUAAUUAGAUAAAAAAGAUGCAGCUUAAAAAAAGAAAGCUAUUCAAAAAAACUAAACAUAUUUGAAGAGCAUAGAAUAAAUGAUACAAUCUUAUAAAUUGGAAGUUCAAGCAUUAGAUAGAAAUGAAUCUGCAUAGUAUACAGAGUCUCUUAAGCAAAUUAACUCGCGUUAUAUGAGACUUAAAAAUGAUUUUGAGUACAAAAAGAAUGAAGGCACAGAUAAAGAGUAGUUAUUUUAGGGAAGAAAUGGAAAUCAACAAGAUCCUGAAAAUAUGACUGGCGAAGAAAUGAUGCAAAAGGCAAGAUAAAUUUAAGAUGAAGGUACAGAAAUAUUGACUGGCUUAGUUUAAAUUAUUGAAUAGAAUAAUUAGUUAGCAGACUAAAUUAGUGCAGAUCUAAAUGAUUAAAUUAAUAAGUUGGAUAACAUUUACAAAGAUGUCAAAGACACAUAAACUGAACUAAAAAGAACAUAAUAGUAUCUUAAAUACUUUAUGAGAUAGAUCUAUACAGAUAAAAUCCUAAUGUGCUUAAUUUGUUUGAUAUUUACUGCUGCAGUUGCCCUUAUUAUUCUCUAUAGUCUAGGUAUUAAAAUCACUCCAUCUUCAAGUUCAAGUUCUUCAUCCUCUUCUUCUUCUGGAAAUGGCUAAAAACCCGCAACAAAAAGAUUUUUAGAGGACUUUGGAAUGAGUCUAUUUGGCAUAUGA